AUUUGGGAAGAUUACAAAUUAAAAUGGGAUCCUCGAGAAUAUGGUGGCAUCAAAGAUUUGCAUUUUCCAGGUGACAAUUCACGAAUAUGGCGGCCUGAUAUAUUACUCUACAACAGUGCUGAUGAUAAUUUCGAUUCAACUUUCAAGAGUAAUUUAUUAGUGUAUAGUAAUGGUGAAGUUAAUUGGAUACCACCAGGUAUUUUAAAAUUUAGUUGUAAAUUAGAUAUUACCUGGUUUCCAUUCGAUGAUCAAAUUUGUGGACUAAAA